UGCUGUAUAAAUAAAUCCCUGUACUUAAGAUUUUUAUUAUAGAGGAGAGUAAUAAAACCCUGGUGAAGCACCUGGGAGUUACUGAAGAAAAUUAACAUUUUUUUUUAACAAAAUAAAAAUAAAAAAGUAAAUAAUCCUCAAACGGUGUUUUCAUACUAUUGUAUACUGAGUUAGUGAGUUUUCAUUUUUACUAUUAUAUAAAAUACAAUUCUGACAGGAGUAAAAUAUAAAGACAGGGAAAGAUUAAUUUAUUUUUUAGUUGUCUUUUUUUUUGUCUAAACGUUCAUACGUAGUUUCAACCCGAAAAUUCGUUUUCCCAAGUGCCAGAGCACGUCUAACGAAUGGAUAUCCGAGAGCAGUAGCUACAAAAAAUCAUCUCAAAAAUAAACAAUGAAAGUACAUUGUAUAUAAGUAAGUAUAUAUAAAAAGUACACACUAGUUAUAAUAGGAUUUAGUAAAGGGUUGGCUUAUCGCCGUGUACUAACUAUCAUAAAAUAAUAUAAUGUUUAAGACUAUGACGAUCCAGUGUAAGAAUAUGAUAAGUGUAAGGAUAACAUUCGCGUGGCCACAACCCCCAGUGUGUCAUCGUAUACUUCUACACUUACAAACGGUUAUGGCACCUAUUCAAACAUGCAUAUAUUUAGCGUAUAUCGUAUAAAAGCACGUUUAGUCAGAAAAGGAGCGAGGGGUUUAGUUCUUUGACGUGUGCGUAUAAUACAACUCCACUCGUGGAAAAAAAGACCCUCUAGUUCAGUCAGCUUAAAAAGAAGAACCUGAAGAUAAUUUCCAAAGAUGAAGGUGAAGAAGAAUAAGAAGAAGAAAUAAAAGGAGGAGGCUGGUGGGAGUAAUUUAGGGGGUUCGCUGGAGAAAUUUCUGGUAGAGAGAAGCAGAGGUGAGGUAAUAAGGAAUAAGGUAUGUACCUUGUUCUCUUCUGGUUCUGUUGAGCUUCUCCGGUGGUUCUCUUUACUUUUAGUGUGAUAUGUCUCUAAACAGGUAGACGAGUAUGCGCUGUUUGUUAUGGGAAGGCGCGCUCACCUAACGAUCGCCCAGCGAAAAGACCCGAAAUCACACGGAGUUUGAUGCGUCGACGUACUAUUCGACGGCGACGUCGUCGUGAGUUUGGUACGCGGGGGUCCCUAUCUACUAUCUACUAUCCCACAUCGCACAACAUACAGAGUGUAGAGUACAGACCAAUACUCACAUUUACUUGGCACGUCGACGGCCGAGGAGAUACAACAACGACGUCGUCGACAACCACCGUUAAACCACCACACUAGUGUUAACGUUACGUUAACGUGCUUUACCACUGACACUCAUCAGACUCGGUGUAUUUUACAGUUUCAGUUUCUGUUUCUCUUUCCGUUUUAUUAUGUCAGUGGUGUAGAUCAGGAUCGACACUGCCGGGGCUCCUUUACCUGAAAAAUAUUUAUCAUUUAGUAAUAAUCAAACCGGGGGUGAAGUUGUAAAUUAAAUAGUAAUUAAUAAAGCGGUAAGUCGGUUGGUUGGUGCAGUAAAAAGUUCAGUUGGGGGUAUAAAGGGUUGAAAAUCCCAGUGACACGUUACAGAGAAGACGUCUACUCUAGUUGUCUACUCGAACGGUGUACAUAGAGUAGUAUAAAGACAAAAAGCACUCUCGGGGUCUGGUGAAUCGUCAGAGUAGUAAGUGUGAAUUCAGUCAGCAUACUGUCAAUGUGUUAAUGUGAGUUCCAAGUGCAUUUUGCCGGCAGAACGGAAGUUCAUUUGCCAAAUAACAAAAAAACGAGAACGAGAGAAAGGAAUAAAAGUAGAAAACGAAAAAAAAAGAAAAAAGAAACAGAGUAAUGUGUAUUAUUGUGUGUCUGAGAGCUCAGAACUGAGUAUAGAGUAGCAAGACAAUAGCUGAGUGUCGUACCCAUCAUCAUCGUUUUCCUCUCUCAUGUGUCCAGUGAUCUGUUGAAAAGAAAACCAAAAUAUAUAUUAUUAUUUUACAAUAAUUAUUACCAAGCCAUUUAUCGUUACAGUACAAAUCGAUUCCAUUCAAUCAACCAGUCUUUUAACUUGACACAACUUGGUUUAUUGAAACUUCCAAGACCGUGUAAAGGAUUAUUGAGUGUGUAACGUAAUGUGGAGCUUCAAGACCCGUAUUUCACACAAUAACAAUAAUACCAAAAGUGAUUAGAGAAGCACACGUGUGUGGGAUUAUUUAAGUGUGCUAGGAAAAUUUAUUUGCUGGUGGGUGGUGGUAGUAGUAGCGGCGAAGGGUCAGUCGUUUUAUUGCUACUGACCAGCCGAUGCGAUAUGAUCCAGAUAGAUGAGGGAAUGGAUCCACCACCUAAAUCCUUACCAACAACUGCUUUUAGAUCACAUCUCAAUAAUCACGAGACGUUUGACUUGAGGGACCCUGCUUCUGGACAUUAAAUUCAGCUUAUUCAUCUAUUUCUUAUCAUCAUCAUCAUCAUCAUCAUCAUCAUCAUCCAUCCAGCCAGCAUCGUCAUCAGUUAUUAUCUUUGAGUGUUAUAUUAUACCAGCAGAAGAAAAAUAGGGAGAUUGUAAGUCGCGAUUUCGGGCAAGUCGAAAGUCUUAGUGUCUUGUAGAGGGUCAAGGGAUCUAAAUUCCCUUCCCGCGAGAGUCGUGGAAUGACAAUAAAGAGGCGACAACGACCCGGGCAGGAGUCGUUAUUCGCCGGUACUUGUCACAUCUGAGAGAGGAGAAAGAAUUCUCCUCUGGUUUCUUUCUGUCUCUACUCUUGACUUUUCUUCUUAUUUUUUAUUAUCAUCGGUAUAAUUAUUUUUAUAAAGUUUAACCUGAAUCUCAAGCUCAAGUUUAUUUGUUGGUGCUGGUACUGAUACUGUUGGUGCCUUAGACUAGGCGAAAAGAUUGACCACGUUGGGAUGGCAUUUGGUGAGAGAGUAAUCCUCAGGGGACUUUACUUCUUCGUUGUCCUCUUCUUUUGCGUUAACGCCGACGAAAACUGGGACAGAGAUGACGAUCCAAUAUCGACUUCGGAAGUCACUGCAGUGCUGGGUAAAAGUGCUUCAUUACCCUGUGACAUCGAACCGUCCACGAGAGGCGACGGAGUCUACAUGAUCUUGUGGUUCCGCGACAAUGCGGUCAAACCGAUCUACAGCAUUGAUGCCCGUGGAAGGUCUUUUCACCGGGCACUGAAUUGGUCGGACGAGGAUGUACGACCUCGUGCAAACUUUGUGACAAUAUCUAAACCCGCUGCUCUCAUUCUCGAUAGCAUUCAGCUCUCUGACGAGGGUAUUUAUCGAUGUCGUGUCGAUUUCCGAAAGUCACCUACCCGAAACUUUCAAGUUAAUCUCACUGUCACUUAUCCACCACGUGAACUUUUGAUGUAUGACACUUCUGGGAGGAAAAUAGACACUGUGGUUGGUCCUUAUCAAGUUGGCAAAGAGUUUAAGUUAUCUUGUGAAGUUAGAGGGGGAAAACCACCUCCAGUUAUCACGUGGUUUGCUAACGGAAAAGAGACUGAUGGACACGUGGACACCAACGGGCAAAAUGUCAUCUUCAGCACGCUCAUAGUGCCCAAGUUAACGAGAGAACACCUUAAUACUACGUACAAGUGUCGAGCCACCAGUACCAAACUCGUCCCACCAUUAGAGAAGACUGUCUUACUGGACGUCUAUCUAAAGCCCGAGAGCGUGACAAUAGUGUCGAAGCCUUCGCAAUUGGUGUCGGGUGAGCUGUACAACCUGAGCUGCGAAGUAACUGGAUCUCAUCCAAGGGCAAAAGUCCAUUGGUUAGAGGGUAAUGAAGAAUUUAAAAGCGGAAGCAUUAUAGAGCGUAGUAAUUCAACGGUAGUGUACAGUACAUUGGAAUUUUAUCCAACACCCGAAGAUCACCGUAAACAGUUGAGAUGUCGAGGAGACAAUCCAGCACUGAGCAAUGCCUUUCUUGAAGAUUCUUACCACUUGAAUGUCGUCUUUCCACCGAAAGUCCAAUUGGAAAUUGGCAACACGCUUAAUGCUCAAAAUAUCAAAGAAGAAGACGAUGUUUAUUUUGAAUGUAAAGUCCGUGCCAAUCCUGAGCAUAAUAGAAUAACUUGGAAACACAAUGGAAUAACUUUGAUGCAAAAUGCGACCGCUGGGAUUGUCAUGAGCUCUCAGAAUCUGGUGCUGCAAAAAAUAAAACGGGAAAACGGUGGAAAUUACACUUGCCUGGCGAGUAAUGACAGGGGGGAAACAACUAGUUCAGUUGUACCUCUACGAGUUCAAUUCGCUCCAGUUUGCAAAACGAAAGACGUAACAAUAAUAGGAGCGUCUAUGGAUGAAUCUGUAAAGAUUAGGUGCGAGGUAGACGCUGAUCCAAAUCAAGUUGACUUUACAUGGGAAUUUAACAAUAGCGGUGAGAAUUUUGAGCUUGCACCCGCCAAGUUUGACGGUAACAACGGCACAUCCAGUGAAUUCCUCUACACGCCCAUGUCUGAGCGCGAUUACGGUGCAUUGACCUGCUGGGGAAGGAAUGCGAUUGGGAAGCAAAAGACGCCGUGCGUCUACCAAGUAAUUCCAGCAGUAAAACCAAGUCCAGUUAAUAAUUGCACUUUGAAGGCAUUAUUGAAUCAAACUCUUGAGAGUCUGGACGUUGAAUGUGCCGCUGGAUACGACGGUGGCUUACGACAAGAUUUUCGUCUCGAGGCCUAUGAAGCCCAGACAAACUUACUGAGGGUAAACAUCUCGAGUAUCAGUCCCGAGGCACCAGUAUUUCGUAUCCCUGUGGCUGAUCUUCUGCCAGCCAAUCAUUUUUAUCUGAUGGUAUACGCGAUUAAUGCCAAAGGAAGAAGCGAAGUGUCCCUUCUGGAAGAUAUUAUACUGAGAGAUUCUGGGAAACAAACUGAGACCGGAGUCAGUUUCAUCCCUCUUUUAUUGCUGCUCAUUGGAUGUCUUAUGACCCUUGGUAUAACCGUUCUCUCGGUGAUGCUCAUGUUCUACAGAAGACGAGGUACUACAUCGCCCGUACACGUAGAGCCUUACAUGAAACAGCCAAUCAUAAGUCCUCCAGACUCAAGAAAUAACUCGAUGCUUGAUGUCACACAUGGUGAUCAUACGUAUUUUGUAGAGUAUACUUUAAAACAAGUGGGAGACUACGCGCUCAAUCAACCUGAUAUCAUUCAGUCUCCUCAAGACCAAGAAAAAGUUAAACGAGAGCCACAGUUAUUUUUACCGGUAAGGCCGGAUACACUGUUUGCUCCGUACGACAUUCACAAGCAAGGCCUUCAGACAAAUAAAUGUACUUUGAAUCCAUUUUCUACGAAGUCAUGGGAGCCCAUUAGUUUCAAAGCGGAUCGCAAUAUGAUGAAGGAAAUAAUAAUAGCUAAUUCUAUACCCGGUCCAGAAAGUUGCGUGUAAUGAUUAUUUAAAUAAAUUGCAUCGUCGUUUUUUACCAAUAAAACAUAUCAGAAUUUCUGAGAGUGGAAAAAAAAUCACUCACAACGCACACGUUAAUCAAGAAAAGACCAAUCGAUGUGCUUGAAAGUCAUCGCAACGACUUUUCAUCAACUCCGUCGUUAAAAGUAGAGGAAAUGCGACUGAAAAAUCUCAAGUUAUGAUAUAAUUAAAAUAAUUAUUCAGUCACAUUACUCAAAAUUACCGUACACACGAGGUACGGUACAUGACUCCGAGUUUUAAUAUAUUUUGUGUCAAGUCUU